AUGCAGCAAAGCUUUCCAGUACGCUCGGAGAGUGAGGACCGUGGGCCCUUGAUUGUCAUCGUCAAUGGUACCGUGACCGGGUUCGCAGCGGCCAUCGUUGUCCUGCGAUUCAUAUCCCGGGCUGCGAUUGUAAAGCGGCUAGGCUUGGAUGACUGGACAAUGAUGCUCGCCACGGUCACGGCCAUUUUGAAUGUUGCCAUUGCAGGUCUUGGAGUCAAAUAUGGUACAGGGAAACAUGAUGGCAUUCUUCCGAAGGCCGAUGCGUUACCAGCAGCCAAGAUUCGCUACGUCACUCACAUCAUAUACACCCUCAUUACUGGCCUGAUCAAGACGUCAAUCUGCCUAUUAUACCUGCGCCUCUUCCCGAAUCUUCGCAACAUCACUCUAGGCACCAUCGCUUUCAUCGCCGCCAUGAGCAUCGCCAUUAUCCUUGCCACCAUCUUCCAAUGCUCUCCGGUGGAUGCGGUUUAUGAUCUUAUGAUCCCCAAAAAUACGACCACUAUAAGUGUUUCGCAUCUAUUCCAUUUUGCUUUGCCAAUUCGGACUAUUUUAGGCCUACAAAUCAGGCAGAUGAAACGCGCGGUCGUCAUCGGGCUAUUAUCCUUGGGAACGUUCGCCUGCAUUGCCAGCAUUGUUCGAAUGGUGUACAUCAUCAAGCUUUAUGAGAGCACCGAUCCAAGCUGGAGCACAUUCGGCGUGUCCGUGUCGUCGGGUAUCGAAGUGGCUAUCUCCAUCAUUGCCGCUAGUUUGCCGAGCACCAAGCCAGUCAUCGAUCUGAUCUUCCCAAAACUGUUCUCUACCACCGCCAAGUCCCAUACUACUAGCGGAAGAUUGUAUCCCAUUCAGGCCUCAGGCCGCAGUCAUCGCCAGCAUGAUGAGAUCUCACUUGUUCAUUUGACUAUGGAAUGUGAUUCCGGGAAGGAUAACUCUACGACCGCAGUGUCCCAUGCUUAA